CGCUCACUUAGUCGAGCAGUUUUGGCCAGAUACUUACUAGAUAGUUACUAGCUAGCACUAAACCAGUUGAACAGUGAAGGAAGGAGGAUGUACAACCCAGGCUACCAGGUGGACGUGAUCGAUCCGUACUACCAGCCGCCCGUGGAGGUGGUGAACGUGAUCGGACCCCCUCCGCCCGUGGAGGUGAUAAUGCCGUCGCCCAUGUAUAGCCAACCGGUGGUCGUGGUGGAGCAGCCCAGCUACAAUCAGCCAGGACCCCCGCCCCCAGGACCCAGCGACGCCGAGUGCUGCAUGCUGCUGGGAGCCUGCUGUGUGAUGGAGGAGUGCGGCCUGUGUGUCAUCUCGUAGGAUUGUGCAGUUGUCAAUCACUUGGUAUAAAUAAGAACUAUGUAAACUAAACGCUAAAUAUAGACUGAAACUAAGGGUGACUAAGCGGA